UACAGCUGAUCUUGACUGCAGGGGUGAGCUGGGGGGAAAUUUAAUUUCUAUCCAUUUAGACGCCACGUGUAAUUUAAUUUUCCAUCGUGUUCAUUUUCAAAAAAUUCAUACAUUUAUGAAUUGCUAUAUUGACAAGACCCCUGAAGAAACAUUUAGCGCAAUCACUGUGUGCACUUAAGAGGUCUUUAUGGCCAGGUAUUGUCUUCUGGGGAUUCAAAUCCACACUACAAGCCGUCUAAGCGCCCUUGUGGACUCUCCUCUGCCAUGGAAACUGAACAGUUAUUUGCUCUAAUUUGCAACAGAAGAGAUUUUUGCUGUGUAUUGGCUGUUAGGGAAUGUUCUGUUUGGUCUUCUCCCGGGCUGUUUAAGUGAUAAAAGUGUGCUUAUUUAGCCUGUGAAGAAGAAGGGAAAGUGCAAAUAAGACUGCAUGACCCUCCUGUCAAGAGCCUCCUGUUCUUCAGAAGCUCAUUUAAGGCCCUCCAAGAGGACAUCGCAUCAUUUGGAGAGGUCCUGGAGGUUCUGCUUGGCCUUUUUUAAGCCACUUGUGGAUAUGUUUUGUGUGCCACAUGCAGGCCACUUAUUGAAACAGCAGGAAAGGCCUUUGGACUUCAGCCAAAGAGGAUCUCACCCUGUCGUGUUCCAUCCGGAUUUGGACAAAAGCUGGUUUCACUUAUAAGAGAUUCUCCCGUGCUGCUGGUGAUAGAGAGAGCAUAUUAAAGGAUUGCAGGAACAGCAGCUUUGGACUUAGAAUGCAGAUGCAGAGUCGCCUAUUGGACUCUACCUUGAUCCAUUUUGUGAAUAAUGUAAACCUGAUGCAUUUCCCGCCGGUGCGCGCGAUGGAGCAGGUGGAUGACAGUCCAUCAAGGCACAAUGAGAGUGACUCGUCUUGGAGCCCAGAGCACAGAACAUCCGCGCAUCUGGUCACCGGCCCGGGCAUGUGCUGCGGCCGCGGAGGCUCGGGCAGGUCCAAACGGAGGAGGGUCAUCACAGUGGUCCAGCGGCAGGCGGCCAACGUGCGGGAAAGGAAGCGCAUGUUUAGCCUGAAUGAGGCGUUUGAUACACUCAGGAAGAAAGUGCCAACCUUCGCCUAUGAGAAGAGAUUGUCCCGCAUUGAGACACUGCGGCUGGCCAUCGUCUACAUCUCCUUCAUGAAGGACCUACUGGAGAACACUUGACCACAACAUCCCUGUCACCUGAUGACAAUAGCAACUGGAGCUGCUAAAACGUUUUAAGAAAACAUCCUUAAAAGUUGCAAAAUACUUGGAGUCUACAGAGUAAGCCUUGUUCAUUAUUACAAUUGCAGUAGUCUAAAGAGUAACUUCUCUGUAAAACUGCAAUUGAGACCAGUAUUCACUAGCCGGCCGCAACAUUAGGUACACCUGCACAUUCGAAUGAGAGCAGACUGUCACUGAGCUGUUACAUUUUUUGUGUGUGGAAGAAUUUUGUAGUCGUGCAUUGCAUAUUUGUACCUCGCGAUAUUAUCAGUAGAAAACAUGCAGUGUGAUUCGACACUACUGAAAACUGCAGAAUACAUAAAUAAUUUAAAUGAAUGCAUCUAUUGGGAUGUUUUAAUAUCCUUGUGCGUGUCCUAAAAAGUAAAAGUUUGUUGUAUUUUAAGAACUGAAUCAUACCGAGAGGCGUUUCUAAUAUUUCCUCCCCUAUAUGGAAGCACAAGCCCCUUUUUUUAUUUCAUUCAAUUGUGCAUGUGUACCUAAUGAAGUGUCUGCUUGCGGGUUGAUUUUAAUAAUGCUUUUGUACAGUCUUGCCUUAUUCUAUUCAUAGCUGUAUGUUAUUAAAACACAGCAGACGAGGCAUCAGGCAGGUGAGUUUCUUUUCAGCACCAUGGAGAGCGAAUGCAUCUCACCUGUCUGGCCUCCAACCAAGUGUGAGGAACGCUAAAACAAACAAGUUUGUUGACACUGUCAGUGAAAGACCUUAUUAUCUCUGCCAAGUGCAAAUGAGGACUUAAAUCACAAAUCCGAGGCUCACCGUGACGCUGGAUAUUAUCUUUGACACGGAGGUGUAAAUGGGUUGAUCCGCCGGGCAGGGCCCCCGUGGGUGAUCCAUGGCUUUAUUUCGCAUCGCAAGCCACUUCCAGACGAUUUCAGCUUCACUGGAUUUUAUUUUCUGGCCUGAAAAAAGACUGACUCGUUUUUGGCUCUCCACAAGUCUCUUCAUCACCUCCAGUGUUUGCUUUACGCCCAUGGCCCGUACACCUCCUUGGCGACCCCGCUGCGAGCACGGAUCCGCCCUGAGAGCUCCCUGGGACGGGGCGUCUUUUAAACCUGAGCCGCGGUGUCGAGGUCCCCGCGGGGGUCAGACCCAUUUAAGCGCAUACCUCAACGCGGGGCCGCUGACGGGAAAAUAAACACGUCGGUCUGGUUACGAUGGAGCAGAGGCCUCCUGCUGUUACAACCUCCUGUGUUUCACUGGGUUUAUUUUUUAGCCGCCACCACUGUUCACAUGGCUGUGUCUAGACUGGACGAGUCGAUAUUGUGCUAUGUUGAAAGCCUUUAAGUGCAUCAUUAUCACUCACUAAUUGACACCUGGAAAAAGGAUUAAACAGUUACCUUGGAGUCUAAUUAUCAGUCAUAUGGAGGAUGCAUUAUGGCAGAAUGGGUCUAGAGGCACACCCCUCCCUGCUGUGAUCCUAUUUUAGUACACUUUGUACCUUUAGGGGUUUGGUUAGGGCUAUUCCCUUGUGACAUGCAGGGCUUGCAUGCAUUGAAAAGGCUACAGGAGUCAUGAGUGCACUGUAUGAUGUAGCAUAACCCUUUAUUAAUAAGGCAAGGAACCAUUGUUGGUAACCUAAAGUAUAAUCCUCACUAUAUAAGAACGAAAAGUUUAUAUACAUAGAAUCUAUAAUGCUUCUAAUGGUGGUGAUUCAACAUUUGGAAAAGUUUACCUAAAGGGCAAAAAUGUAUUUUCUGGGGGUAGUUUUUCAUUCCAUCUUAAAUAAGCAAAUGAAUGCACUCAAAAACAUAUAUUUAGAGGUAUAAUAGGUUGUAAUAUGGUAAGUGUUGGAACAUACAGUACCUAUAAAACCUAUGCAGUAUAUCCAGUACACUGUUCAAUAUAUUCACAUCAUUGUGCGUCCUGUCGUUAAGCUUUAAAGCACAGGUGUCUAGGUGCGUCCCGCAGCUCAUUUUUUAUUGACCCAUGGCACAAAACAAAAAAAGAACUGCAUAAAUGACAAAAAAAAAACUGCAAAAGAGCGUUAAUUUAAGAGAUGAACUAAUGUUGAAAUGUCAAUGGUAAUAACACAAAGCUGACAAGCGGGCUGUUUUUGUUCCUUUGUUCCUACACUACACUUCCAAAAGGUUAAGGAUAUUCGGCUUUCAGGCGAAAAUUUUGCAUUAACCUAAACUACAGGAUAACCUUUACAGGUGAACUUUAUUUGACCUUUUGUCCAUUUCUGUACGCCUUGUAUGUCUAGAUCUGCAACAAUUAAUCGACGACUCAAUGACUGAUUGAUAUCCAGUUGAUCAACUAUUCUAGUAAUGGAUUCAUCGUUUUUUUAUUUAAAAAUGUACAGUAAAUAUCCUCUGAUUUCAGCCUAUCAAAUGUGAAUAUUUUUAGAUUUCCUUAGCCAUCCAUGAAAGCAGACCUGUUAUCUUUGUGUUCUAGACAAGACGAGACAUUCACACACAUCAGCUUUGACUUUGGAAAACAGUGUUCGACAUCAUCACCACUAACUGUUUGUGUUUGGUUAUAUUGAACUGGUCCGUUGAGGGCCUAACCGAUUACGUGAUUAAUCGAAACAAUAAUCUCCAGAUUAAUUGACUGAGAAAUAAUCAUUAGUUGCAGCCCUACAUACAUGUGCAACUGUUCAAUGUUCACCUUUUUUACACAACUCGUUGUUCUCGAACAAGUAACUGCGUACAUUCUGGCUUUCUGUGAUGUUUCUACUCUGACUGAUCGCUCACUAUUGAUGACACUCUGUGACACUCUCAGCUCAGUGGCCACUUCCCUCUGAGAACAUCCCGUUCAAAGCCUCGCACUGGCGAUGUACUGUUGAUCAAUUGAUAAGUGUCUCGGUCUCAUGAUGUCAAAAUGUAAGCAGCAUGAUGAAGAGGACUCCUCUAACGCCAGUUCUAAUUGAACCAGGACAUUUACCAGUCCAUUAAUGGAUCAUACAGUUUUGAAUUGUGGCGUUUAGCUCAUUGAUAGAGAACAAGUUGUGCAAAAGUACUGAAACACUUAACAGUUGGACAUGCGCAUUAAAAGGUUUAGAGAACGUCAAAUUAAGUUUGUGUCCACAGGUUGUAGUGUAUUAUAGAUUCAUCCUGACAUUUCACUCCAAAGCCAAAUACUGUAAAUAACUUCUUAGCUUAUUGGAUUUAUUUUAGGCUUUUUUUUUCGUCCU